AUGUUCCGCCAGCCCUCAUUCAUUUCCAAGCACAGGCGGACAUGGCGGAGUGGGGCUGUGGAAGCUGCAUCGGUUGAGCCGCUGGCGAUUCCCCGUGCAACUGAAGUGCACCAGGACAUCGUGGACCCGUGUGACUGUGUCAGGAGAACACGGCCCGUGGGAGUGGGCCUAGACCAGCUUCUUAGUGGGUAUCCGGUGCCCUCAAACCAGCAGCCGAAAGACAAGUCACAGAAAAACAAGUCGGACAUGAACGGGGACGUUGUCUGCAGCCCCUCCUCGGUGACGGUGCUGACCUGCAGGUCCAGACCCGCAGCCCACGACGAGAAGACGAGCAUCAGGUUGACGCAGGAGGGGAGGGGCUCCCCGGUCUGCUUCCCGCUGCACGACGCUCCGGGUCCGGCAGAGGGCAGCACGACGGAUCCCACCGGCGCCACGGUCAGAGACCCCAAACCGACGGUCAGCGCCCACAGCCAGCGUCUGCCCUGCCGCUUCAGCGAGCAGCCCACCCUUCCACAGCUCCUCAGCGCUCAGACCUGCCUCCGCUCGCCUCAUGAGCCCCCCAUGCCCCUCGGUAACAGCUUAUCUCACGCCUCCCUCCACGGCAACAACAAUGGCGGCACGCUCCACGGGAAACAGAGGAGGGGGACCCGGACCAAAGGGAUGGGGAGGAAAGCCACCAGGCGAACGGAAGGAGGGAAAAACUCCCAGAACCGAAAAGUUACCGACUUCUAUCCAAUAAGACGAAGUUCAAGAAAAAGUAAAACAGAACUGAAGUGGGAGCAAAAGAAACUCAUCGAUGAUCUGAUUACCAAUGGAAUCGAGGAGGGAAUGGAGGUUCAGCACAUAGAAGGAAAGGGCAGGGCGGUGUUUGCCACCCGCUGUUUCCAGAAAGGUGAUUUCAUCGUGGAGUACCACGGCGACCUGCUGCAGAUCACGGACGCCAAGAAAAGGGAGGCUGAAUACGCUCAAAAUCCCGCCACCGGCUGCUACAUGUACUACUUCCAGUACCUCUGCAAAACAUACUGUGUGGACGCCACCAAAGAGACGGGUCGGAUGGGCAGGCUGAUCAACCACAGCAAGAACGGGAACUGCCAAACCAAACUCCACGACAUCAACGGAGUCCCUCACCUCAUCCUCGUCGCCUCCCGAGACAUCGACAAAGGCGAGGAGUUUCUUUACGACUACGGGGACCGCAGCAAAGCCUCCAUCGCUGCUCACCCCUGGCUCAAAUACUGACGGCGAGGCGGUCAGCUGUUUGUUACAGCCGGCGGACAUGUUGCCUUAGAAUGAGCGGGCGGCGGGGUUGACCGGGUACCUAUUACAUUUCGAUUGAGGUCCGUCUGCUUGGUCAGAAAGGCCUGCAAACUUUUAUUUAUACAGUAUGUGUCUCUGGAACAUUCUGGUUGUUUUGCAACACGUUUGUUUUGUACAUUUUGUACCCUCUGAAGACCAACGCCUCUGCAGCAUUCAGCUGGAAGUUAAUGCUCUGCAUUUUUACUCUGCCUUUUUCUUUUUUAAUAAUUUCUCUGUAGAUACUUAGCAAUACUUCCCUGACUGGCUUCUUACGCCCCCUUUGGAUCAACAAGCACCGGGAGAUCCAGGUUAAAAUGUGUUUUUAGGAAAUCUAUUCUGCUUCAAGUGGACUUCAAUUACGGAAGCCGUCUGUCGAACGAUAGCGGCCAUCUUGGAGGCU